GCCAGCCAAGCCGAGGGGAUGGAGGGCGGCGAGGCGGGCGGCGGGGGUCUGCUACAGCAGAUCCUCAGCCUCCGCCUGGUGCCCCGCGUCGGUAACGGCACCACCUACUCCAGCCCGCUGUCCACCUUCCCAGAGAUGUGGUACGGCGUCUUCCUGUGGGCCCUCGUCUCCUCGCUCUCCUUCCACGUUCCCGCCGCCCUGCUCGCUCUCUUCACCCUCCGGCACCACAAGUACGGCAGGUUCAUGUCCGUCAGCCUCCUGCUGAUGGGCAUCGUGGGACCCAUCACCGCCGGCAUCCUGACAAGUGCAGCUAUUGCUGGAGUUUACAGAGCCGCUGGGAAAAAAAUGAUUCCUUUUGAAGCCCUCAUUUUUGGAGUGGGUCAGACGUUCUGUGUGGUGGUGGUUUCAUUCCUGCGGAUUUUGGCCACUCUGUAGCUUUCCUCCAGAUGUUGGUGAUUGAGAAUGGAAGCGAAGCAUCUGCAGCACGCCUGGUGUCUGUGAAGGCAGUAACCAGGGAGCACAGCUUAGAUGGCACCUUGGCGUGCGUUUCCUCCCCACUGCAAAGCUGCAUGAAGGCAUCUGCUGCCUCAGGCCGGUGGCAGGGCUCCCUGACUGUGAUAAGCAGGAAUCUCCUCGCAGAGCCUGGCCUGAAGGGCCACGUGCCACAGAUGUGAUGGAGAACGUGCUUUCUGUAACUUAUCUUGCUCUUACAGGAAGCAUAACAUCCAGGUUUGUUCUUCAGCACUGUGUCACCAGCCCUGAGUGAGCACUGGCAGCCAGGCUCUGGUGCUGGCUGCUUGCUGGCCGCUCCAUGAGGCUGCGGUCUGCUUCAGAAAUUGAGGUGAAAAUGGUUCAUUUCGUUACGUUCUUGUAACGCUAAGUGCCAAGUGAAACUUUGUUUUCCUGGAGGAUAGGCAGAGGGCUCUGGCAGAGACUCGCUGACCUCUGGUGGGUGACAAAUUGUAGCAACAGAGUAACUGAACUGCUGAGGGGCGAGAGCGUGGCUGCGGGUGGUGUGAUGUGUUCAGAGCUCACUUUGCAGUGAACCCGAAGCUCUUUUAAUGUGAUUCUUUUUUUUUUUUUUCUUUUAAUGAGAAUCUUCCUUUAUUGUUUUCUUUUCUGGCCCCAUCUUCCUUAUGCCAGGUCAUGGUCGUAGUGAGACUGGGGAGCAGCAAAAGAAAAAAAAAAAAAAAAAAAAAAAACAAACGUUUUAAAUGGAUGAAAGUGCAAAAUUGUGGCUGAGAGCUGUGAUUAUGAGUGCUGAGGCACAGGAAAUCACCGGUGUAGUAAUGAUUGUAGUCUUUAUGAACUUCAUUGCAGUGAAACUCUUCUGAAGCUGUGUCUCCUGCACAGGAGCUGCACCCUGCUGCUCACAGCACAACUCACGGGGUGCACGAAUGUGUGCUUUUGCUUUGAAGGAGACCUGUGGUGUUGCUCUCCUUUCACUUGGUGAACAUAGGUGUGUGACUGAGCAUCUCUGCAGGUAUUCAGACACCACAGCUGGCAUAUGUAGAACUCAGCACUCUGCCUUGGUGACCCUGUGGGUGAGAACCUGGUGCCUUUUUGGGGCAUAGAGGCCAUGUGUUGUGUUUUAAACACCCAGCCUGUGGCACCUGAGAGCUUCCCAGCUAUCAGCACUGAGCUGUGCAAAAAUAAGCCCAGACCAACUCCUUCUGGCCAUGCUACAAUCUCUCCUAAUGCGUUGGUUUGGUUUAAAUGGUAUUUAACUAAUUCGGAGCUCUGCCUGUCUUCCAGAGGUGUGCUGUGCAGUCAGGGCUCUCUGGUCUGUUUUCUGGGCCCACAGGGAAGCUGGCACUGAAUGCUGAGGAUUUUGCUGGGUGGCACAGCAAUCUGUUAGCAGCUGACUGGAGGAAGGCACCAUCUGUGUCCAGCCUCCAGGCCGUGCUUCCCACCUGUGUGGUGACAGAAAUCCUUUGCUCUCCAGAUCAGCUUACCUUUUGUAGCAAGUUUUCCCAAGGCCACAAACACAACGGCCCCUGUGCUGAAACAACUCCAAUCAAGGUCCUGUGCUGAUCAUGAAAGGAAUUCUCUCACUGUGCUAAGAUGUCUUGUGAAUGGUCUUUUUUUUUUUUUUGCCAGCAAGUGGAUAGAGUCGUUUUUAAGGAGUUUUUAAUGAAAUUGCUCUAAAAUGCAACCCAUUUUAAUCCAGGGAAUAAAACUGUGAGUUUUAGUUUAAUGUGAAUCCUUCUCCUGAGGUGGGCAAGGUUCAGAUUGUUAGUAAACGCCACUGUAAGACUGCCUGAUGGGUGCUGAGCACGAGCCCUUCUGUGUGCUGUGCUUGUGGAGGAGGUUGGGCCUCUCCCUCUGCAUCUUCCCCCUCCUUCCUCAAACCAAAGUCAGGAAUAAUGAUCUGUUUAGAUACAGGGUGUUCACUUUAUCUCCAUCUGGAGUGAGGCAAGCUGGAGCUUUCAGCAGGUUUCUGUUGGCUUUGCUGGGGCAGAAGGAUUUAGGAAGGCUGGAAUUCAGAAAUGCUGAGAGCUGUUGCAGCGGGCUGGAAAUAAACCCUGGGCACAGCUGGGAGAAGAGCAGUUCCUGCUGCACUGCGGCGUAACCUUGUCAAAAGCUGUAAACGACUGCUGAAAAUGGAAAUGCUGAGGUGUCCUGGUGGGCAGGGCUGUGAGCCCCAUCCACAAAGCCCUUCUGGCCUGAGAAAGUCGCUGCUUGAGCAGGUCUUGAUUCGCCUCCCAGCCUCCUGUGUGCUGCUCUGCUUGGGUACGGCCCUGGCUUUGUGGCUCCUUGGCAAGUGCAGCUAUCAUGAACAAAACUUUGUAUGAUAGAGAGCUGUGUACAUUUUAUUUUUCUACUGACACUUCUAAUCCUGGUGGCGAUAAUCAGUAAACGCUGUGAUGAUGGAGGUGAA